CCCACCCACCAACGACGACAAAAUCAAAUUUCGUUAUUCCACCCGUUCUACAAUCUCCUCCACCGCCUUCCUUCCUUCCUCUUCACACAACCCAAACCCUUUAAAACCACCACUCAACUCUUCACAAUCCUCUCUACAUCACUCCGUCAACAACUCCAAACAAGCAACGAACAACCACCAGCACUCAAUUCUCAAGAAUCUCCUGCUCAAAAGCACCUUUAAUCGAACGACCACCGCCGGGACGGUAGGGAAGAAGAGCAGCGGUGGUGAGGAAUUUAACAGUAGUGCAAUCGGUAUGGGGCUAGAGGAUACGAAUAUGCAGGAUAUUGAUGAGGAUCUGCAUAGCAGACAGCUUGCUGUGUAUGGUCGUGAGACUAUGAGGCGGCUCUUUGCGUCUAAUGUGCUGAUUUCUGGGAUGCAAGGACUUGGUGCUGAGAUAGCAAAAAAUCUUAUACUUGCUGGCGUGAAGUCUGUGACAUUGCAUGAUGAAGGGUGUGUGGAACUGUGGGAUUUGUCCAGCAAUUUUAUCUUCUCAGAGAACGAUGUCGGCAAGAAUAGAGCCCUAGCUUCUGUUCAAAAGCUGCAGGAGCUCAACAAUGCUGUGCUAGUGUCAACCUUGCCUACAAAGUUGACUAAAGAACAACUUUCCAACUUUCAGGCUGUGGUCUUUACUGAUAUCGACUUAAAAACGGCCAUCGAGUUUGAUGAUUACUGCCACAAUCAUCAGCCUCCUAUUGCUUUUAUCAAGACUGAAGUCAGAGGACUUUUUGGUAACAUCUUCUGUGAUUUCGGCCCCGACUUUACCGUAACUGAUGUUGACGGUGAAGAACCGCAUUCUGGCAUCAUUGCAUCUAUCAGUAACGAUAACCCCGCACUUGUGACAUGUGUUGACGAUGAACGCCUGGAGUUCCAAGAUGGCGAUCUCGUCAUAUUUUCUGAAAUUCACGGGAUGACAGAACUUAACGAUGGAAAACCAAGAAAAGUCAAAAGUUGCAGACCGUAUUCGUUCUUUCUGGAAGAAGACACCACCAAGUUCGGCACAUAUGUGAAAGGUGGUAUAGUGACUCAAGUCAAACAACCAAAGGUCCUGAAUUUCAAGCCGUUAAAAGAAGCACUCGGAUCCCCAGGCGAGUUUCUGUUGAGUGAUUUUUCCAAAUUCGAUCGCCCGCCGCUUCUGCAUUUGGCUUUUCAAGCACUUGAUAAGUUCAGAUGUGAAUUUGCGCGAUUCCCCGUUGCUGGUUCGGAAGAUGAUGCGCAAAAGCUGGUUUCUAUCGCUACUGCCAUGAACGAGAGCUCGGGAGAUGCAAAGUUGGAUGAUUUAAAUCCGAAACUUUUGCGGGAUUUUGCUUAUGGGGCUCGAGCUGUGCUUAAUCCCAUGGCUGCCAUGUUUGGUGGCAUCGUUGGUCAAGAAGUUGUUAAGGCAUGUUCCGGAAAGUUCCAUCCACUUCUUCAGUUCUUUUACUUUGAUUCAAUCGAGUCACUUCCUACUGAACCACUGGAACCCAGUGACUACAAACCGUUGAACACCCGUUACGAUGCCCAGAUUUCAGUAUUCGGAGCUAAAUUCCAGAAGAAAUUGGAAAACACACGGUCUUUUGUUGUAGGAUCAGGCGCACUGGGAUGCGAAUUCUUGAAAAACUUGGCCUUAAUGGGCGUUUCAUGUGGCACUCAAGGGAAAUUAACAGUCACAGAUGAUGAUGUCAUCGAAAAAAGCAAUCUCAGCAGACAAUUCUUGUUCCGUGACUGGAACAUCGGGCAAGCGAAAUCCACGGUUGCUGCGUCAGCAGCUACAUUGAUUAACCCUCAUCUUCAGAUCGAAGCUUUGCAGAACCGUGUGGGCUCGGAAACCGAGAGUGUAUUUGACGACACUUUCUGGGAGAAUUUAAACGUUGUCAUUAAUGCUUUGGAUAAUGUCAACGCGAGACUUUAUGUUGACCAAAGAUGUUUGUACUUCCAGAAGCCACUUCUCGAGUCGGGUACACUCGGCGCUAAGUGCAACACGCAGAUGGUUAUUCCUCACUUGACUGAAAACUAUGGUGCUUCUAGGGACCCGCCGGAGAAGCAGGCACCUAUGUGUACUGUGCACUCGUUCCCACAUAACAUUGACCAUUGUUUGACUUGGGCUCGGUCCGAGUUCGAAGGGUUACUUGAGAAGACACCGUCGGAAGUUAACGCUUAUCUCUCCAAUCCAAGUGAAUAUACGUCGGCAAUGAAGAAUGCUGGUGAUGCCCAGGCUCGGGAUAAUUUAGAACGCGUUCUUGAAUGUCUUGACCGAGAGAGAUGUGAAACAUUCCAAGAUUGCAUCACUUGGACUCGUCUAAAGUUUGAAGAUUAUUUCUCUAAUCGUAUGAAGCAACUGAUUUUUACAUUCCCGGAAGACGCGUUAACGAGUACCGGAGCUCCAUUUUGGUCAGCCCCAAAGCGUUUCCCUCGUCCACUGGAGUUCUCGGUUUCUGACCCGACCCAUCUUAACUUUGUAUUGGCGGGCUCCAUUCUCCGGGCUGAAACAUUUGGCAUCCCGAUUCCUGAUUGGGCUAAAAACCCGAAGAAACUCGCUGAGGCUGUUGACCGGGUUAUUGUUCCUGACUUUCAACCAAAACAGGGUGUCAAAAUUGAAACCGAUGAAAAUGCUACUAGUUUAUCUUCUGCGUCCAUAGAUGACGAUGCGGUUAUAGCGGAAUUAAUUAAGAAGCUAGAACAACGCACAAAGACUCUUCCCUCUGGUUAUGUUAUGAAACCUAUUCAGUUUGAGAAGGACGAUGACACAAACUACCACAUGGAUUUCAUAGCCGGGCUGGCGAACAUGAGAGCAAGAAACUACAGCAUCCCCGAAGUUGACAAACUUCGAGCCAAAUUCAUAGCCGGAAGAAUCAUCCCUGCAAUCGCCACGUCAACAGCAAUGGCCACGGGUCUGGUCUGUCUAGAGCUCUACAAAGUUAUCGACGGGGGCCACAAGGUGGAAGACUACCGUAACACGUUCGCCAACCUGGCACUCCCUCUGUUCUCCAUGGCCGAGCCGGUCCCCGCAAAGGUCAUCAAACACCAGGACUUGAGCUGGAGCGUGUGGGACCGGUGGUCGAUUAAAGGCAACCCGACGUUACGCGAACUCAUCAAAUGGCUUUCGGAUAAGGGACUUGACGCUUACAGCAUUUCGUGUGGAAGCUGUUUGUUGUACAACAGUAUGUUUCCGAGACAUAAAGAGCGGAUGGAUAAGAAGGUGGUGGAUUUGGCCCGGAAUGUGGCUAAGAUGGAGAUUCCGUCGUAUCGUCGACAUUUGGAUCUAAUGGUGGCUUGUGAAGAUGAGGAGGAGAAUGACAUUGACAUCCCUCAGGUAUCUGUAUACUUUCGUUAACCGUUUUAUCCGCGUUUGCGUGGGAAUAAUCGAACACGGUUUUUGUAAUACCUUUGUGUGAUUGUCGUUUCAACUUGUUUUAUAUGCAUUUUCAAUAACCAUUUGCUUCAAAACCUAGUGAAACUUGACUAAACAAUGUUGCAUGUUGAAUAACCUUCUGUUUCAAAUCCAUAUUUAUGAUAUAUGUCAUAAAUAUGAAGAUGAGUAAAACUGAUAGUGUGAUUUUUUUU